AUGGCCACUCCCACAACCGCGAAACGCAGUCCUUCUACCCUGUCGGUGCCAAAAAGAGAGACUAGCGUCGUGGAAUCUUUAGGGACGAACAAGGACAGAGACCUCCCAGACACCAUCGACGACCAACAGCUGGCAGAGAAGAAGAGUCAAAUCGACAUCCAAACAGACAACAAGGAUGAUGAAUUUCCUCACGGGUUUCGACUCAUCUGCCUAGUCAUAGGCCUGUGCAUGGCAUCUUUCCUGGUUUCUCUCGACAUGACAAUCGUUGCCACGGCCAUCCCUCGAAUCACCGACCAGUUCCAGACCAUCAGCGACAUCUCCUGGUAUGGCGCAGCCUUCUUCAUGUGCGUCGGCGGCUCCACGUCAGCCUGGGGGAGAGUCUACAAGUUCUUCCCUCUCAAGAAUACGUUUGUCGUCGCCGUCCUGAUCUUUGAACUCGGCUCGUUGAUCUGCGGCGUGGCCCCCAACUCAGACACCCUCAUCGCCGGACGGGCCAUUGCUGGCCUCGGUGCGGCUGGCAUCUCGUCGGGCGCCUAUACCAUGAUCGCCUUUUCGGCGCCGGCCCCCAAGAGGCCCAUGCUGAUGGGGAUUAUCGGCGGCACGGCGGGGAUCGCGGCGGUCGUCGGACCUCUCAUUGGCGGCGUCUUCGCCAACUCGGUCACCUGGCGCUGGUGCUUCUACAUCAACCUCCCCAUCGGCGGCCUCUCGACGGUAGUGAUCCUGUUCUUGUUCCGCCCUCCAGCGUCUACGCGGCCUCAAUCGACGACGACCUGGAUGCACCGGCUGCUGCACAUCGACGUCGUGGGCACGGCCAUGGCGAUGGGCGGACUCAUUUCCAUCAUCCUCGCCCUCCAGUACGGCGGCACGACGCACCCGUGGGACUCAGCCGUGGUGAUUGGCCUCCUCGUGGGCUCCGUCGCCAUCUUCACCGCGCUGGGUCUCCGCCGCACGGUGCUCGUGCCCGCGGUCUUCACGUCGCUGUUUUCCGGCGCCUUCUUCCUCGAGAUCUACUACCUGCCCAUCUACUUCCAGUCGAUCGACGGCGCCGACCCGACCACGUCGGCCGUGCACAAUCUGCCGCUCGUCAUCGCCAUCACGGUCGGCACGAUUGUGUCGGGCGUCUUCAUCACGCGCACCGGCCUGGCGACGCCCGUGCUCGUCGUCGGGGCCGCCAUCGCCACCGCGGGCGCCGGCCUGAUCUACACGCUCGGCAUUGGCUCGUCGACGGGUACAUGGGUGGGCUAUCAGAUCUUGGGGGGGAUCGGAUGGGGCCUGGCGUUUCAGGUGCCCGUGAUGACGGCGCAGGGGUUUUCGUCUGCAGAGGAUCUCUCGUCCACGACGGCUAUUGUAUUGUUCUUCCAAACGACCGGCGGCGCCCUCUUCGUCUCGACGGGCCAAUCCGCCUUCGUCAACACCCUAACCCGCCAAAUCCGGCGGACACACCCGUCCCUCCCGCCGGGACUGGUCAUCACCACGGGCGCCUCGGACCUGCGUCGCGUCUUUGGCCCCGAAGUCCUCCCCGGCGUGGUCGCUGCGUACAUGUCCGGGUUGAAGGUCGCGUGGGCGGUGGCGAUUGCGGCGGCGGGGACGGCGUUGGUGGUGGGGGUGUUGGGGACGUGGGAGAGGGUGCAUAGUAGGGACGGCGACAGUGGUAGUGCUAGUGCUAGUGGCAGGGACAAGGAGGUCACGGAGUGA